AUGUCUGGAAGAGGCAAAGGCGGUAAGGGACUCGGGAAAGGAGGCGCUAAGCGGCACCGUAAAGUUUUGCGCGAUAACAUCCAGGGAAUCACGAAACCCGCCAUUCGUCGUCUGGCUCGCCGCGGCGGCGUCAAGCGCAUCUCCGGUCUGAUCUACGAGGAGACCCGCGGAGUGUUGAAGGUGUUUCUGGAGAACGUGAUCCGCGAUGCCGUCACCUACACCGAGCACGCCAAGAGAAAGACCGUCACCGCCAUGGAUGUUGUGUACGCGCUGAAGAGACAGGGACGCACCCUGUACGGCUUCGGGGGAUAA